AUGGUUGCUGUAUCGAUUUUCAUCUCCAAGCCCAUACCCUUCGUAGAGGAGGUGCUCGAAGCAUUUGCAAGCUUGGACUACCCGAAGAAGAAGAUAGUGCUCUACAUUUACAACUCACAACCUCUAACCAUUAAGACGGUGAUGAAUUUCUUAUCCAAGCACGGUGACGAGUACUACUCCAAAAAGGUGAUAAAUGGUGUUUCGGAGAUUGGCGACAGAGAAGCAAGGCAGGAUGCUUUAACGUUUGCAUCACGAUUUGAGACCGAAUUCCUAUUCCUUCUGGAUGGAGAUGUUAUGAUAACGAAUGAGAGGACUCUACAGAUUCUGAUCGAAGCGUCAAUAAACUACGAGUUGUAG